AUGGGGGAACUGUAUCAUCAUUUGCAAAAUUCAACCGCAGAGAUACUUCGGAAACAAGACCAGGUAUUGCAGAAACAAGAUCACAAGAUAGACAAGGUAGUAUCCCACCUUGCGCAGAACACAGAGAUACUCGGCCGAAUUGGGGAGACGUUGGAUAUGUUAUCCGCAAAGAGCAAACACAAAGGGUCACCGGGUCAUCAGGACGAGGGAGAUAGUCAGAGACAUGGAUCCGGAAAUAAUCAAGGACCCCAGCCCUCAAACGACCGUGACUCUGCGGCAAAACCUAGUGACGGUGGAGCUGCGGGAAGCGCCACGAAUCGCAACAACGGCAAUGGCAAUGGCGAGGAUGGGGACGACGAAGGAGAUUCAAAUGACAAUCCCUUCUUCCGUUAUGCUAGGAAAAAGCAGCCUGCUCGCUCAGGAGGGGUCAAGCAUCGACCUGCUGAAGAACUGAAAAUCAAGGAAACGAUGUGGAAAUGGUUGAAUGAAAUAAUGGAAGGCCAGGAUCAGCUCAAGGAGACAGUCUCCCAGGACGAGGCUGAUGACUUUACACUGCUGUUCAAAACAAAUCCUCUUGCACGCCCUUGCUCAGGUGCUUCAUAUGUCUUUGUAGAAAUUCUUGAGAAGAGGAAGCUGAUUACCACACCCAAUGUUCAGACUCGUGAUGCUAUCCGCGAAGCUUUCCUUUUACGACUCAAAACACUUCAUGCAUCUUGGAUGGAAAGACAGAAAAUGCUGGAGGACAACAAAAAUCCUCGCUCUCUAUUUUCCAAAAGGUGGCAGCGGAAAAAUACCCUGUUCCAUCGUCGAAGGGAGGUCAUCAUCACCUUCCACUCGCUUGAGUCCUUCCUCUCGUUCUUCGAUGAGCUAGGCGUCGCAGGAAUGUCCUCUGACGAUGAGGAUCCUGGCAUGAAGAAACCGCAAGUGCAAUACAUUAUCAAGGCGCCGAAAUGGCGAAGCGUCGAACUUCUGAAUUUACUCAGGUUGUUGGACUACUGCCAUCUGGAAGGUCGAUGUACCACUGAAGCAACUAGAUUCGGUUAUACGCGAGGGGCUCCUCCUCGAAUUCGCAUCCAUAAAAACGAUCGAAGUUCGAAGACAAAAUACGUCUCUGGCCUACCUGCAAACUUUUACGAUGCUCAGUGGCUUGAGGAACAGGAACCUGGAUGGGCUAAAGGUGGAAGUGGAUUUGUUAACGAGUUUGUUUGUCCGCGAAAGCCCAUCAAACUCAUUUUUCCUGCAGACCUUUUGAAGACAUUGAAGGACCGAGGAUACCCCAGGGCGCAAGGUCCAGAGUGA